UUCUCCCAAGGAAUUUCCACGGUCUUAGAAGGGGAUGAUUCCCCAGUAAUAUUCCCUGCCCUGAUCCAAGGUGCCGCUCGGCCUCCCUCCCAGGGAAGACUGCUUCUUGUGUGACACGAGCCUAAGAAAGAGACUCCGAUGGACUUACACCGGGCAGCCUUCAAGAUGGAGAACUCAUCCUACCUCCCCAACCCGCUGGCAUCCCCAGCACUGAUGGUCCUGGCGUCCACGGCUGAGGCCAGCCGCGAUGCUUCCAUCCCUUGUCAGCAGCCACGACCCUUUGGUGUACCUGUCUCAGUAGACAAGGACGUGCAUAUUCCAUUCACCAACGGUUCCUAUACCUUUGCCUCUAUGUACCAUCGGCAAGGUGGGGUGCCAGGCACUUUUGCCAAUCGUGAUUUCCCCCCUUCUUUACUACACCUCCACCCUCAGUUUGCUCCCCCAAAUCUAGAUUGCACCCCAAUCAGUAUGCUAAAUCAUAGUGGAGUGGGGGCUUUCCGUCCCUUUGCUUCCACUGAGGACCGGGAGAGUUAUCAGUCAGCCUUUACGCCGGCCAAGCGACUUAAGAACUGCCAUGACACAGAGUCUCCCCACUUGCGCUUCUCAGAUGCAGAUGGCAAGGAAUAUGACUUUGGGACACAGCUGCCAUCUAGCUCCCCCGGUUCACUUAAGGUUGACGAUACUGGGAAGAAGAUUUUUGCUGUCUCUGGCCUCAUUUCGGAUCGGGAAGCCUCUUCUAGCCCAGAGGAUCGGAAUGACAGAUGUAAGAAAAAGGCAGCAGCUUUGUUUGACAGCCAGGCCCCUAUUUGCCCCAUCUGCCAGGUCCUGCUAAGGCCCAGUGAGUUGCAGGAGCAUAUGGAGCAAGAACUUGAACAGCUGGCCCAGCUGCCUGCCAGCAAGAAUUCCCUUCUGAAGGAUGCCAUGGCUCCAGGCACCCCCAAGUCCCUCCUGUUGUCUGCUUCCAUCAAGAGAGAAGGAGAGUCUCCAACAGCGUCACCACACUCCUCUGCCACUGACGACCUGCACCACUCAGACAGAUACCAGACCUUCCUGCGAGUGCGAGCCAACCGGCAGACCCGACUGAAUGCUCGGAUUGGGAAAAUGAAACGGAGGAAGCAAGAUGAAGGGCAGAGGGAAGGCUCCUGCGUGGCCGAGGAUGAUGCCGUGGACAUCGAGCAUGAAAACAGCAACCGCUUUGAGGAGUAUGAGUGGUGCGGGCAGAAGCGGAUACGGGCCACCACUCUCCUGGAAGGUGGUUUCCGAGGCUCUGGCUUCGUCAUGUGCAGUGGCAAAGAGAAUCCGGACAGCGACGCUGACCUGGAUGUGGAUGGGGAUGACACUCUGGAGUAUGGGAAGCCGCAAUACACGGAGGCUGACGUUAUCCCCUGCACAGGCGAGGAGCCUGGUGAAGCCAAGGAGAGAGAGGCACUACGGGGCGCAGUCCUAAAUGGCGGCCCUCCCAGCACACGCAUCACGCCUGAGUUUUCUAAAUGGGCCAGUGACGAGAUGCCAUCUACCAGCAACGGUGAGAGCAGCAAGCAGGAGGCCAUGCAGAAGACCUGCAAGAAUAGUGACAUCGAGAAAAUCACCGAAGAUUCAGCUGUGACCACGUUUGAGGCCCUGAAGGCUCGGGUCAGGGAACUUGAACGGCAGCUAUCCCGUGGGGACCGUUACAAAUGCCUCAUCUGUAUGGACUCCUACUCGAUGCCCCUAACGUCCAUCCAGUGUUGGCAUGUGCACUGCGAGGAGUGCUGGCUGCGGACCCUGGGUGCCAAGAAGCUCUGCCCUCAGUGCAACACCAUCACCGCACCCGGGGACCUGCGGAGAAUCUACUUGUGAGCUAGCCACCCCUGGCAGGCCGUGCCUCGAGCAGCCCCACCUGCCUGCCUCUGUGACGUGACCGUCCCCCUUGUACAUACUUGCACACAGGUUCCCUAUGUACAUACAUGCGUGCACACACACGCGUGCGCGCGCGCGCACACACACACACACACACACACGCGACUCUGGAGCCAGAGUGGAGGCUGAGGCCCAGGCCCUGCCUGCUGGCUGCCACCAAGACUGGGGACCAUACCUGUUCCAGGUUCUGUCCCCAGGGUGGGCCAAGGAGGUGGAGGUGAGGGGGAGUAGUGGGGCAAGGCUCCUGAGAUCCAGCCCCCAGACUGACAGACGGACAGACAGACAUGCAAACACCAGACUGAAGCACAUGUAAUAUAGACUGUGUAUGUUUACAAUGUUGUGUAUAAAUGGGACAAUUCCUCACCCUCCACUCCAUCCCCUCCCCUUUGGUUGUAUGAUUUUCUUCUUUUUUUUAAGAACACCUGGAAGCAGUGCCCCCUUCAGGGCUGGCUGGGGGCUCGGCCCAUCCACCUCUCAGGGCGCCUGCCUCUCUCUCCCAUGGUAUCCCUUUUCCUCUCCCAUGUGCUCGGUGUUCAGUGAUGUAUAUUUCUUCCCCCAGACAUGGGCCACGUGCCCCAAGGGACACGAUCCUCUCCUUAGUCUUAGCUCCUGGGGCUCUUUAUAAGGAGUUGGGGGAGGGGCGAGACACAGGAAAUGGGAACCGAGCUAAAGCAAGGGCUGAGAUUGGGGCUGGCUGAGUGUGCUCCUGGCUGUCCAGCCUUCUGCCAAGAACCAUUCCUGGGAUUAGAACUGCUGUUCCCAGGGAAAGUCGUCUCCCCCACCCCUCCCACAUGGGCCCCACGGUGUGAUGCUGUGUCUGUAUAUUCUAUACAAAGGUACUUGUCCUUUCCCUUUGUAAACUACAUUUGACUUGGAUUAAACCAAUAUAAACAGCU